UUCUGUUAGAAGACACACAGUCUACACAGUGAGUGCAACAGUGGAAAGAAGAAUACAUUACACAGUGAAUAACUCCAUUUCAAAGUGGUAAUUAUAACACUAGCACAGAAACCAUGAGUGUUUCUGAGAUCAGAGAGGAAUUACAGAGGACACAGAAAAAUGAGAAAAGGCUGAUCGACAAAAACAAGGAAUUGCAAAGACAAAUCUCAUUCCUUAUUAAAGCCGAGACCUCUUUGAAAAAAGAACAAGUUGAGGUUGCUAAACUAAAGCGUAAAGCCGGGGAACAGGAUUUGCACGUGGACAAGCUCAGAAAAGACCUACAUAAGGUCAAAACCGAGUUAGUCAACGAACAGACUCACAGAGCUCAAGAAAAGACCGUUUCAGAGCAGAGAAUUGUGAGUCUGGAGAAGCAAUGUCACACACUCCAGGACAAAUACUCGGUGGAGAAGAUGAUGAGGGAGCAGAGGGAGAAGGACUUAGAGCUGUUCAAUCAAAUCAAAGGGGAAAAGAAAAAACUGACCUUGCAGGGGCAGAAUUUGCAUCAUCAGGUUCAAGAGCUGACAGGGUAUAAAAACUUUGCCGUCAAAACAAUGGAAGAAAUGAAACAGCUGUUGAAAAAGAAGGAUGCGGAACACGAGCAGACUAAAGGCGAGUUAAAUAUCGAAAGAGCCAUUGUAAAAAACCUCCACGAACAGAAUGACAAGCUGGUCUGUUCAAUAGAGGCAUGUCAGGGUGUAGAAAAUGAGACUGCGAGGCGGGGUCAUGAAAACGAAAGAUACCGCAGACAAAUUGAAGCUGAUAAGAAAAAAGCACAUCAUCUGAAGAUGGAGAUCCGGGACCUCCUAGGCCAGAUUGACGACUUAAAGAAUUCACACAUAUUGAUGGAACACCAGCUGGAUAUGGCAACUCAGGCUAGUAAACACAAGACCGAAGAAUUAGAACAUCAGAUAUCUGAGGCUGGAAAACAGCGUCACUUAAUACUAUCAUUGGAACAUCAAGUUAACAAAUACAAUGAGCUGAAACACAAACUCCAAAACCGCAAGCAAAAAGAAGCUGGCCACAGUCAAGCCAAAAACCAGGAGAUAAUCAAUAUGAGGACUAUCAUUUGUGAAUUGGAGAGUAAGCAAAGACAGCAAUUAAUCAUCAAUGAAAGUAUGCAGGGUACAAGAGACCUCGCCAUUAAAAACUUGUUCACAGCUCAGGCAAAAAUCACUGAGCAGGACAAAGCAAUUGAACAACUCAAUGGUGAAAUUCGAGAGGAGACACGUGAGAUCAAUGCAAAGAAAAUCCAGGUGAACAGGAUUAGGAGGGACUAUCGUUCUGUGAAGAACCAGCUGGAAGAAAUGAAGAAGCAACUGUCAGAAACUAAGAUAACGCAAGAUAUGUGUUCAACCACUGCUGAUAAAGACCAGCUGUUGGCACAGAAGAACAUGGCCAAGAUGCAAGCAGAGAAAGAAAAGUUGGAAAAAGACCUAGAGCAAUACAAAGAACAGCUAGUGCAGCAGCAACAGAAGAUCAACCUCCAGGACGCUACGAAGAUCAAACAAGGAAAUACCCUCAAAGAAUAUGAAUUGGAACUCAAGUCUCUCAGGCUGAAGAACACGGAACUUGAGAAUAAUUGCGACAUACUGACCACGCACAUGAUUAACCAGUCUGCCUAUAAAUACGUCAGGGGCGAAGAGAAAACCCAGGCCAGGAAAACACAUCUUUUGCCCUGUCUUAAGAAGGCAGAUGAGAAGGCAGAUGAGGUACAUGAGAAAAAUCAGCAGCUUGAGGAAAAGAACCAGGAGAUCGAGGAGCUGAAGUGCAGGUCAAAGGAGGCGGUGCAGAAGUUCCACGUGUGUCAAUGGGAUAACAGACAGCUCAGAGAAAGAUUAAUGGCAUUACAGGGAAUGCUCACGGCAUAUGAGGACAAUUACAAGAGUAAGACAGAAGAGGUCAAGAGGCUGUCAGAUGAGUUGAGGAAAAUCAACUUGGAGACUAGAGAGAAAUCAAGGUACAGACCCCUGUCCCCUGUUCUCAGUAAGACCCAGGCCCCCUCUGAGGAAAAUUCAGAGUCUGUUUACCUCUCACAACACACACGCUUCCCACUCAGGUCCACCAAGUUCCAGUGUCAGUCAGGAAUCAAUGCAGAGACUUUCCUCCCCCCAAUUCAUAAAAUACAAAGCAGACCUGGUUUGUCAUUUUCCACUCAGCCCCAUCCCCCCUCUGAGUCCAAAUCUGGUCACAUCCACAAACUGUCCCCCAGGCUCCAGCCUCAACCUCAACCCCAGCCCCAGCCUGAAAAGAAAAGGAACAUUAUCGUCCUCCCUCCCAUUAAUAAAAUAAAGAAGAGCAAAGCAUAAUUCCCAAAGGAUUCACUCAAAAGAAAUCUCACACAAAUCUUUUGGGUGAACAAACUGAUGCGAUGCUUUCAUUUCUCAGCUCAGUCCAGCUCUCAAUAACAUGCAAGCAAAUGUGUAAUGACUGGUAUCACACACUCAGUGAGGGAGCACAUCCCUGCACAUUUGCCCGGAACUGACUGAGCUGGACUGCACUCACAAAUGAACAAACGUUUCAGUGCAUCAAGUGGGUUUCCCCCGGGUUCUCCGG